GCAAGUAUUACAUCCGACUUAAUUUCCUGCGAGAUUGUCAUAUUGUUUGUUAAUUGCAAAAUGGAUAAGUUACAUAUAUUAUUCAUGAAUAUUUGUUUGUUGAUUUUACCAACCAUGAAUUACAUUCAAUGCAUAGACGACAAAGGUAAUCUGGUAUCCAUUCCGGACUGUGUUGAAGGUGCAACUGGGAUUGACCUUGUAGCUGGAGAUAGAGGGAAAAUUACAUUUCCUGAAAACAAUACAAGCACUUCAUGUAAAAUCUAUUGCAGGUCGUUACGAUACACAAUUGCCGGUACAAAGGAUAUGUUAUGUGUUUGCGCUGAAACCUUACAAAACGAUUUAAAAACAGCGACCUGUGACUACAAAUGUCCUGGGGAUAAAGGCGAAGUUUGUGGAGGAGAAAAUGGAAUAUCAUUGUAUAAGAUAGGGUUACAGAAUACAGAAACAACGGUAACAGAAGUCACAACAAUAACAGAAAAAAUAGAAACAACAGUUAUGCCAAUACAGACUCAGUCAAGAACAGAAUUAUCAAGUAUCAAAACUCGAAUCUCAACGGAAAAACUAUUAUCAGAUUUUAAACCAGAUAGAGAAUUAGGAUCAUCACAAGAAACAGAUGAAACGGAAGGUAUUCAAGCAGCUACAGUACUUUACACUGCUCUUCCAGUUGUGAUCAUAGUGUCCGGGGUCAUUGCACUGGUCAUUUGCCUUAUUGUGAGGAGACGGCAAGUUAAAAGUGAGUGUAAUGUCAGUUAUCAUACAAAUGGUUCUAAACACAGCUUACAUACUUCAGAGUCUAGUAAGAAUUCUAAUAACGAAAAUGUACUAGAGAAACAUGUUGAUAACAAGACGAGUACUAAACAGCACACAAACAAAGACAGAAACUCAGCUGAUUGUGAUACUGAAUACAGCAGAGUAGUUACAGCUGAUAGUCCACAAGCUGUCCACACAUAUGAUCGCCUCAAAGCACAGCCAGAUAUGGAUUUGACGAUAUCCGCAGAAUAUUCUCACAUUAUAAUGACAAAAACAAAUCCUAAUACAAAAUUUAAUGACAACACGUAUGCGCAUAUUGGAAAUGGAAAAUUAAGGAUACAAUCUACAGAAACUGGGUCAGAAGGAGACAGCACAUAUAACACCCUGCAAGCUUCGCCUCAAAAGCAUGUGGCAGGUGCAAUUAGUAAAUCAGAAAGUGACCAAGACAGAUUAUACGAUCAUGCAAAAGCAGAUUGGUAAAUAUGAACUCAAAAAUUGCGGACGAAUAUGCUAACUUUGGGCGAUUCAAGAACUAAAUGUAUGUUGGUGUCGGACGGCAACCGAUUUUUUAUUGACGGUGGUUGGGUCCAUCGGAAAAAAUCAUAAUUAUGGUAGGUUGGGUCUGUCAGAAAAUCAUAAUUAUGGUUGGUUUUCCUCACAAAAAUCGUUUUUAUGGGUGGUGGGUUGAUUCUAAAAAUAUUAAAAAUAUGGGGGUUCGGAGGGGGGGGGGGGGGGGCGCUUAUCGCCUCUCUUAAUUACCUACGGACAUUUUCCUUUCUUUUAAACUACAAGUCGCUACUUUACUGACCGCGAUACUCGCUUAGCUCAGUAGGUAGUGGUUAACUGCCCGCCUAAACCCAAAACAAACAAACAAACAAACUGACCGCGAUACACGAAACGCAAUUCUGACAUCACCGAUCUAAGCAAUAUGAUCUUUUUUUUUAUUUCUGUUCAUUAAAUAUUUAAUUUUUCUGUCUCUUCCCUUUGAAUUUGUAGUCAUCGUCCUUAGUCGCCGAAUGUUUGUCAAUCAACUUUUCUUGACGUUAUAGAAUCGUGUCACCGAUUAUGUACUGUGUAGAAUUCAAUAAAGUCUGUGAAGACCGAUUGAUACUUCCAUUUUUCCAGCCUUUCAUCCACACACGGGUGUUUUGCAUACGCCGGAAAAAGAAAUGGAAUGUAGCUAAUUGAAAUCGAGGCAGGCCGAAACGAAAACAUGCGUGAAUUGAGUUAAAAUUCUUUGCAUGAAGAUCAGUCGAAUUUUUCCAUGCUCGCACAAAUACUUUAAACGGACACAAAAUCCUGUGAUAAUAAAUCAAUGGUACCGAUUUCAUUAUAGGAUGCCGACGUAAAUAAGAUAUUAGAGAGUUUGAGAUUUCAACCUUCGCCUUCCCCUUCAACGUCUCUUGCGAAGUUAACGUAUGAAGUUGAAGUUUGAUUAAAAUUCCUUGAGAUUUCAAACUUCAGAAUGAACCUUAGUUCUUUUAAUCCGCCCAUUCAAUUUAUCUGAAAUUAUGAUAUCAAUUGUCCGAAAGUGCAGGACUUUUUCAAGAGGUUUUAAAAAUGAAAAUUAAAUUAAAACAUAUCAAUUAACAUAAUCAUCGCAUGGAUAUUAGUGCGAUUACAAAAAUAAUAAUAAUAAUAACAACUAUAAAACAACAUUUUAUAUAAAAUGAUGUCAGUAUACAAUGCACGAUUAUAAAUCAUACAUGAAAGGAAAUAAAAAUGAUAAUUAUAUCAACGUAUUCUAUUGUUGAUGGUGUUCUUGAAAGAUAUUACAGUUAAUAUUUUAAAACAAAAACAUGAGACACCAACUACUACAAAUGCUUUUCUCGAUAUACUUUAAAGUUAAGUUAAAUAUAUGAGAUAAAGUAAACACAAAAGGCUGUUGACUAGUAUUUCAUAGUUUUUCUUAAAGUUUUUUUUUUACUUUGAACUGGUACUUUUUACAUCGAAUUCCUUAAAAGACCCGUUUUACUUGUAGACUGUACCUGUUGAAAAUCUAACCUUUUAAAAGAUCUGUUGAUAACAUGAGCCGAAAUACAUUUAACAAGCGAUUUGAAACAAAUGUAAGAUACUCUCGUGAUAUCAUACGUUUUGGCAUCAUGACACUCAGUUUGACUCUGCAUAAUGCCAAACUCUCAGACAGCACAAUAUAAUCGUGCCAAGUCAUCAUGUGUCUAGCGAAACAGUCAAGAACUGUUAGGUGGAGACAAAAAUUGUCGCACAAAAUAACAUGUGGACUUAUACACGUAUUUGUUCGAAUAUACUUUUUCAUAAGUAAAGCAUGUGCAGAUCAAGGAAUUUUGGGACACUUACUUUAAAGAGGGAGUCACUCAUUCAGGGAGGGGGAAGGGGGGUAGUCACACCGAGUUUCAAGACCGAUUCUCUUUGUAAAAAGUAAGAAUCAAAGGGGGAUUGACCCACAAUGCCCCUCUGCCAGGCUCUUGGGUCCGUGCAUGUAAAGAAUGGAGUUAUUCCAUACGGCUAACAGGAAACUUCUCGCAUCAUGAUAUCAUAGACCUGAAAUUGUCUAAUACUUCAGAAAUUUUUUUCCGUCUUACUAGUACCAUUUUAUGUUUAUAAUUAAAACGUAAUUGUCUUAUUAAGUGUCCAACAGAAACGGAUCGAUUUUAUUCGGAAGUUAAAAUAAAAUGUUCCACCAACUGAUAAUCGCGCGUUAUUAUUCAUUUUUCAAGUAAAAUGACUUUUAUGCCAUGUGCCUCCAUCCAGAUUUCAGUCUUUGAUGCCGAGUAUGUGGACAGAGUAGAUGUACAAAGACUGAAGUUUGGACUUUCUAGAUAUCACAUCUUUGGACGUUCAAAACUUCACUUCUUACGACAAAAAAGGUCCAUCUUGUAUAAUUAAUACCGCCUGAGGACACAAAUAUGCCGUAGAAGUUAAAGUUUGAACAAAAUCUCAAAGUUUCUCAAAAUCAGUUGAUAACUUCAUACUUCCAGGUUCAAUUCAAUGUAUAUAGUUAAAAUCAUUAGUCAAACAAAACUUCAUUAUUCUUAUACUUAUUGAUGGUGUUUCGCAUCAAAUUUAGUCCGGUUAUACAUAUGGAUAAUCGAAUAACUUUAUAAGUAGAAAUCCUGAAACAAAGCUUUUUAUUUCACAUAGUAAUAAAGCGAAGUCUUAGGCUUACUUGAUAUUACAUGGAAAACUUUAGUAGCAACGUCUGAUAUAAAUAAAAUACACUCAUACCGGUGACGUUUUACCCCAAAUAUAUAUGAGAGACGUUGAAGGGGAAGGCGAAGGUUGAAAUCUCAAACUCUCUAUUGUCAUCAUGAUCCGUAUGAAGGACAUAUUUGCUUCGGGUAUUUCAAUAUGUUUGUGAAGCACUAGCCGAUUCGGAAACUUUUUUUACAAGAAAAUGUAUAAGUCGCUAAGAAAACCAACAUCAUAAUAUUCCCGACAGUAAUUCUCGUUUAUAAGUAUUUGAAGCCACUAAUGUCGCACACAAUCAUAUUUACUGCAUUUUAUUUGUAGAAUUAUAUGUCCAAGAAGAUUUUUAUGUAUAUAUCUUUUAAGUGAGAAGUUAGUUUUCUUUGCAUUUACAGAAAACAAAGCAUCAGCGUUUCUACAAUAGAGCAGCUUUCACUAAACAGUUUUUUUUUAGAAACUAACUUCAGAUGUUGAAAAUCCUCAUAAAAAUAUCAACUUGACAAAAUACAUACUAAUGGUGUGUUUGUGAAACUACAUUCACAGUUAAGGUAUAAGACCCCUAAUAGUAAUGUUUAAAAAUGGCUUUCGCUUGGUAUAUUCUUAACGUUGACCUUAUUUCGCACUAAAAACAACUUUUACCGUGACGUGUUUUAUAAACUUGCAUAGUUUAUGAUACUUCUUCCUACUCAAGUAGAGACAAAUUUCAAAGCGCUGACCACUGUCCAAAACGUUUGCAGAGAAUUCAUUAUCCCAUUAAUUUUUUAUAGAACAAACGUCAAACAAGGAUAGAACACAAACUAAAAGAGUCAUUAUCAUUCUUUUCUAGAGUCCCUUAAGAAAAAGGAUUUAAUGAGACAGACUUGUGACUCCCAACAUUAGGAAAUUAAAGUCGGGUCAAGUCAUAUAAAGAGUAAAGGCAAACUAGAGAACUUUUACCGCAUGUAACUCGGUAUUUCUAAAAAUGUCUAACUCUGCCCCUUCUGUUUCAGAGGUACUUUAAUUUUGAACAGCAAAACAUCUCUUAUCAAAUGAAAAAUGUCCACUAUUGUAGAAUAAAUCAAUAAUAAUUCUGUAAAAAGUAAAAACUUACAAGAAAAAAGGAAUAUAAGGGAAAACAAUUGGUCGCACUAGGGCUCGAACCAAUGCCCACUUGAAAAAUAUAAGUCAAAGUAGGUUUAUGGUAGGAAUUGAAUAUUCUUUAAAAGGAGAUACUUUAUAAUGGGUCUAACACCUUCUUCUUUUUUACAGUACACAGAUACCAAUCAUCAGACAUAUACUGGUAAUGGCGCUUGAGUGGUGUAAGAAAUUUUUACAGGUGUCUGACUUGUUAAAAUAUAUUAUAUUACAGUAUAUCUAAAAAUCAUCCAGUAUGAGCUUAGCGAAGCUCUAGAGACUACACUUCUCUCCUGAAUCUGUCUAAUGAGAGAUAACUUGUCACUCUUGGGGGAAGGCUUUCCAUAACUUGAUAGUGUCUGGGAGAAACGACUUCUGGUAGCUGAGGUUCCGUGCAAAAGGCACCAACAAUCUCAUGUCAUGACUUCUGAAUUUGGUCAAUGGGAUUAGGUGUGUAGUUGGCACAUCCACUAAUCCAUGGACAACCCAUUACAUCAUGGUGACAUUUGCCUGUGGUCUCCGCCCAAUGAAUAAUGACCCUUGAAGAUGAUGUAGCAUAGGUGACGCUGUUGGUUCGUCUGUGGUCAGAGAAAACCAUCUGUGUUGACCUUCGCUGCACCAUCUCCAGUUUUCGUAUAUUUUCCUGUGUAUGGGGAUCCUAGAUGACGGUAGCGUUUUCCACAAGUGGUUUCGCCUGGGUAAAAUAACAAAGUUAUUUUGUUUUCUUUGGGAACUGAUGCAUAUUUCUCUGAAUAAAUGAUCUGGUAUUGCU